AUGGGCAACAUGGCGAGACAGGUCCAAAACACCGACUACUCGGACGACGAAUACGGAGCCGAGGACGCCUACUUCACCUACCGACCCCUCUCUAAUCUUCCCACCCCGCCACCUUCAUCCAGGAAUUCUUCCGCCCACCAGAGCCCGAAAACGGCCUUGGAAGAAGGCGACAUCCUGCAAGAAAAGUUCCUUGGCCCCGCCAUCCACCUCGUCAACCUCGUUCCCACGUCAGCUUCCCUCUCGACCCCGUCGGUGCCUCUCGUCCAGGUCAUGCUCAGCCGGUCCGGGCUCCCGCUCGAGACCAUCGCCUUGGCAGUCUGCAUCCUCGACUCUCUCAACUCCAAGUUCGCCCUGAGCUGGCGCCUGCAGUGCCCCCUGCUCGUCGAUGGCUCCUCCUACAACAAACGCCACACCCUCGGCCACAGCCCUCUCCUCGACCGUCGGCGCCAGCAGCAGCUGCACAUCGACUCGGUCCAGCCCGAGCUCAUCAUCCUGUCUGCCCUCAUCAUCGCCGCUAAGUUCACCGACGACUGCCACGAUUCGACAUCAUACUAUUCGUCAAACUGGGGCAAGGAUACUUGGUCGUGCGAGCAGAUCAACGUGACGGAACGUUGCAUCUGCGAGAACCUCAACUACCGCAUCAAGCCCCUAGUCGACGAUGAGGAUCUCCUCGCCGAUACCAUGGUUGAUAUGCAGUUGGCCGCACGGCACUACAACUCGGCCCGCCCCGUCCAACCCCACGAGAUGGGUCACAGCAAGAGCAAGAGCAUGACAAUCGGUACCGGUACCGCCGUGAUUGGCCUGGGUCUGCAGCUGACACCCGUUGACACACCCAAAUCUGAAGCCGAGUCAUUUGGUGAUGAUGUGCGUGCGGCACUCGAGAAGACGACCUUUAGCGGGGACUACAUGUCCUUGACCUUUUCGGGCAACGACAUGGGUCUGUCUCCAGUCGGCGAGGAGUUUUAA